AUGGCGGAGCCACAGUCGCGUGCGCCAGCCCCCCUCUGUGCUGGAGCUACAGACAAUGUCGUACCAGCGUCGGCGGGUAUUUCCGUCAACGUGCGUCUCUGUAAGCACCUCCUCCUUCAAGGUUUUUCUCACACGCAGCCACAGCCCUGGACGAGCUCGGUGUUCCUCGACGCACUUGCGCGGUAUCCUCUACCAGUGGUCUCGGCGGCCACUGCGCACGAUGUUGCCGGCUUAGAGCAGCAGCUGCAGCUGCACCAACUGCCAGCCCACUCUCCUUCACAGCCUCCUUCAGAGAUGCCAUCAGAACCGGAAACGGCUGCGUCCGCUUCGCCAAUGUGGAUUCGAAGAUCCACCACAUCACCGCAUGGCGAAGGGCGCAUGAGUUUUAGCGGUGCAGUGCAGCAUGCUGCCAGUGACCUGACAACUGCGAUAAACCAAUUCUGGGCUGUGUCACCCGCGUUGGCUGCGCCGCAUUCCCCGCUUCUCACGACUGCUGAGGAGGGCGCGCAAGGGCCUUUGCACACAGCCGCGGUCUUUGCUUGUGGCUCCGCACCUCAGCCGACGCCGGCUCCCCCGCCACCGUGGACGGCCUUCUCGCCCUUCCGCUUUUGCGCUGAUCCGUCCUUUCACGCUGCGCUGCAACGCCUUCCGAGCCACUGUGGCGGCACAGCGGAUAAUCAUCAGCUAAGACAGCACGUUGUGGCGCCGCACGCGCCGCUGAGUGGACAUAUGGCUGGCCUCUCUCCCCUUUGUCUUCCUCCGAGGGGUAUGGCUGUGGCAUGGCGUCCGGCUGGGGAGGGCACGCCGAGUGGCGUCUCAGCGGCUGUCGCGGCCACCGUUUCCGCUCCCGAUGGCGACAGCGUCUCCUUGGAAGCACCGCUGGGCGCCCCGUGGACGAUGAUGGAUGCGUGGUGCCACGGCUUCGCGGCGACGGUGGCGGACGGAGGGCGAAACCGCAAGCGCGCGCGCACUGCAAGUCCCACGGCAGCUUCGCUGACGAGUGCGGCACCCACAACUUUUGCGCGUCUUCAUUCGAGGGACACCCACGACGGAGGCAACGCGACGAUGGGCUCCAAGAACAGUCCGCCGCCGACUGUCACCACGGUAGCUGCGCACGACACCUUCCGCACAAACCCUUCGCCAGACUCGGUUGCGGCGCUUUUCUCGUGGGGCUCUCCGACGACACCGCAUGAGACAGCGGAUGUGCUACAGAGCCGUGUUGCUGAGAAUGAUGACCUGCUCGACCUGCUGCUUGGGGUGGAGCAGAAUGCAUCGCGGUCGCCCGAGUUUUCUGGUAGGCUGACUUUCUCACGGGCGCAGCUCACGGAAGCUACAGGGGUGGCCGGUGCUGAAGUGCGCACGGAGGGAGAGAGUGAACGAAUCGCCUUGGCGAAGCGCGACGGGAGUGCGACGGCGUCCAGCAGCAGGACGGCCUCGAGGCUGAGGACCUCUGCGGCGUGUGUCGGUGUCGACGGGCUUGCGACGUCCUGCGCGCAGAGGAAUCAGGUGGCGACGUCGUUGGCCUUGACAGCGGCGACCACUGCGACCGCGAUGCCUCGGGGGCUGACUCUGAGUACAUCUGCAGAUGCCGAUUUCUCCUGUGGUGCCGCUGACGCCAACAACGGCGAACAUGUGCUCGUCUCCACCGUGAAGGACCUCAGAAACAUGUGUACGCGGCUCGGUCUGCUGAGCACGGGCUCGAAGACGACCCUGCAGCAGCGCCUCCGUCUUUACUACGCAUCUGCGCCGGCGCCGCAACAGAGCGGCAUUCGUGUCCCGCUGGUGGCGGCAGUAGCGAACUUGUCUUCUGCGCUCCAUGUGCCGCUCGACUCCGGUGCAACCCGAGCAGGGGACGAGGCUAGCGCUUCUCGUUGCACCGGCUCUCCUCCACGGACGGUCUUCCGCUACCACAGUCCGCCGCAAUCAUCAGAGUCGGACCUGCCUGCAUCUGCUGCUGCUGCGGCAGUCCGUCAGUCGCGCACAUGCGCUACUGAGGCAGUGAGUGGGCCGGCGACGCGGGCGGCUGCGUCCGCUGCAUCAGAGCAUGUGGCGGUACCUACCUCUUCUAGAGCUGCAGCUUCGGGGCAGUGUGGUCGUCUUGUCCCGUCCCCUACGCAGUUCCUUCACGAUCUCGCCUCUCGGACGACGCGGACGCCUCACACGGCGCUUGCCAUGCGCUGCGACGCACACUUGCCCGCCUCUGUGACAGCUGCGCGAGCGCAGCAGGAGGAACUGACGAGCGAGACGGGCCGCGUACGCUGGCAGUGGCUGGUGGACUUCCGCGAACGUUCCAGCGCGCAUCGUGGCGGCGGCGGCAGCGGCUGGCGUCAGCAUGAGGGCAUGUUGGACGUCUUUCGUAAGCAGCAUGUGCCGUGUACGUCGGUGAUGCUGCCGGCCGGUGACUUCAUGCUGUCUGUGGAGCUGUCGCCUGAGGAGGCCGCUGCGAUGCAUAUGUGUGACGUUUCUUCGAGCAAGGAGGCGGGUGCCGGUGUGCCAAGCGCCUCCGCCACAACCGAGGGUGCUGCGCCGGUUCUCAGUCACGUCUGCUCCCUUGUUGUGGAGCGUAAGACGGCCGCGGACCUGGAUGCGAGCGUGAAGGGGGCACGCUACACAGAGCAGCGGCGACUGCUAGCGGCGUCGCCGUUUCGCUUAGUGGUGUGGCUGAUCGAGGGUGCGGACGUUGCAGGCGGGAGCGGCACCGGCUUCUUACAUCGCGGUCAGCGCCACCGCCAAGGCGGUGGUGGUACCGGAAGUGACACGCAGCCAGGCAGUCGCAGCCCAUCACCCGCACCGUCAUCGCCGGUAGAGAGCGCACGCCAACGCGUCGACUCGGCGUGUGCUUCGCUGGGCCUCCAGGGGAAGGGCUGGCUGGUGGUGCGCACCCGCAACACGACGGAGUCUGUGCAGUUUCUGAAGCUGCUCGCGACUCACGUCGCACGGCAACUUGCAAGCUAUCGUCUUCAUCGUUGCAUGGGCGAAGGAAAGAGUGGCAUGACGGCUGGGACUGAUGGCUCUGCUGCCUGCCAGACCGCAGCGCAGUACCCAUCCGCACAGCGCGUUGCACGGGCAGAGGGAGGAGACGCCCAUUGCGGUAACAUUUUCCGCAGCGCAGGUGAUGAUGCGCCAACGACGUGCAUGGCAGGCGCUGUGGCGCUGCUGCAGUUAACUCCCACCAACACAUGCCUACAGUCCGUGAGUGCCUUGCAGCGGCACCUGCGCGCAAAGACGGCAUUUCCGCGCAUGCUCAUGUGCGUUCGCGGCUGCUCUGCUGCGCUCGCGUCAUUGCUCUCCUCCAAGUACGGCACACUGCUGCGAUUUUGGCGAGAGCUGCGACGGCGCGGCCAGGAGGUGUGCGACGCCGACCCCGAUAUCCAGCGGCUCACUACAGCUCAGAAGAAGGUGUACGUACUGCUGACCGAGUUCCUGCUCGCCAAGGACUACUUCUGA